GUAGCAAAUGUAUCUAGCACUGGUUGAAUGAUCAUUUUUUCUAUUCUACAUACAAUCUGUUCUCACAGACGUCGUGACGAUGUUCAGCAAGGAAAGGGCCGACCCGAAACUCAAAACAUGACCAAACGAUGACUCGACGGCGACGACACAUUCCAGACAGGAUGCUACUUCGACCAAAACCCCUUGGUGUUCUCUCCUACCGCUAUAAACUCUUUCUAUACUACUUCCACACUGAAGUAUAUAAUGCCGCCCAAAGCAGCUAAAGCAGCCGCACCAAAGCUCACGCAUUUCCUCUGUCUGCCCCUCGUGACAGCCUCAUCACGACCUCAACUCCAAAAUUCUCUAUCUUCAUUCCGAGAAAAUGUAUCCAAGAUAAAGACCCCGGAGCUCCCAGAUGGAAUUCCAGAAAGAGCUAUUAGACCAGUGGGGACGUUGCAUCUUACGCUGGGUGUCAUGAGUCUCGUGACAGAAGAGAAGGUUCAAGGGGCGUUGAAGUUAUUGCAAGAAAUUGAUAUCAAGGAGUUGCUGAGCGCUCCAAGUCCUGUCAAAUUCUCUGGGAAAGGAAAAGGGAAAGACGAUGCACCCCCAGGGAAAGCGGAGGAAGUAGCAGAAGAUGUGUCCAAGCCAGAACCAUUGAAAGUCACUCUGCAAGGGCUCCGAAGCAUGCACAACGCCUCCAAAACAUCAAUACUCUAUUCCUCUCCUCUGGACCCUGAUCUCAGACUCUACCAGUUUGGUUCAAAACUACGGGAUAUUUUCGCGGAAGCCGAAUUUAUGGAGGAGGUUAAAAGGAAGUUGCUUUUACAUGCUACGGUUCUAAAUACGAUAUAUGCGAAAGGUGUUAAGAAGGGAGGAACGGGGCAUGGGAAGAAAGGUAGAGCGAAGUUAGUGAUUGAUGCUAGGGAAAUUUUAGAGGAAUAUGAGGAGUUUGUGUGGAUGGAGGAUGUCAGGAUGGAGAAGGUAGCAAUUUGUAGGAUGGGUGCUAAGCUUGGUGAGGAUGGGGAGGAGAAGUACGAGGUUGAGGGGGAGAUUGAGGUACCAGAAUUGUGAUAGGCAAUAGUCGGGACAUUGUGGGGUGAUAAUUCAGGGGCAUGGACUUCGGAUGGUAUUGUGGCUUGGAUAUGCAAUGCAGUUGAACAUUUGGGGUUGGGAAUAAGGUUAAUUCACGGCAUUUGGAGUAGAGACCCUGAGAGACCAAACCCCAUGUUCAAUCUUGAAUGGUUUUUUUCUUCGUGUCGUUUGGACUUUGGAAUACGGCAUGGCUUCACAUAGACCUGAAUCAAACCACGAUCAGAUCAUCUCUCAUUUUUGAUUGGGGUGGGGAAAUGCAGGACCAAGAUAUCAUCAUUCAUCAAGA